AAUUUUUCUUGCUCACUUUCUCCAGAAAUUGAAUGAGAUAAUGCGGAUUAGUUCCACUGUUCCUAAGAUUUCUCCAUGCAUGUUACAAAAUUUGACAUGGGUUUUUAGAUUCUUCAUAUCUUGAACACUAUCGAGUUCUCUGGAGGGUUUUUUUUUUCUUGGCAAAUUUAUGGGAAAGUUUGAUCUGGGUAUUUCAAAACAUCGGGGAUUAAUGAAUUAUGAUUGUAAAAGAAGUCAUGUAAGAGGGUCUGGUUGAGAAAAAGGGAGAAAAAGUAAAUUGAAAUAAGAAUUAGUGUUUUUGUUUGAAAUUGGUUGAAUUCGAUUGGGAUGUUUACUGAUUGUAGCUGGAUCAAUAGCUUUGAUCUUGCGUGAUUGGGAAUCCGUGUUCGAGCGAGGUACAUGGUUUUGUGUGCACCAGUUGGGAAAAUAGUGGUAACGAGUCAGAUAGGGUUUGGGCAAAACUUGUAAGUAUUGCUGUGCCUUUUUAGGUUUUCUGGGUCAUUCCUAAAUUCCCUAGUAUGCCAGAUGACAAUGUGUUUUUGGUGUGUGGUGUUCCAUCCCUGCACGGGAUUGGAUUGCUUAAGCAGAUGAAUUAGCUAAACAUUGCGUUUUGGAGUUAUGGAGAGUAAGCUUCAGUGAUCAGCAAAACAACUGGAUUAUUGGAAUGGACGCUGAAACAGUUCUUGAUGCAACUGCAUCUGUUGAUGACAUUAAUACCAGUGACCCAGAGGCAGAGGGGAAUAAUAUGGACUUGCAUGAAGGGAUCUCAUCCAAUGGAGAGGUUAUGCUUGAAGUAGGAAAUGCUACAGAGGUUCUAAAGAGAGUGGAACUAGAUUUGGCUUGUUCCUCAGAGAAGUUAUUUAACUUGAGCAUACUUAUGAUGCAUGUGGCAACAAGGGAAAGUGAUUUUGAGGCCUUUGCUUCAGAGGAAGAACAUGUUUUAGGUGAUUCUGUGCAGAAGGCUCUAGAGUUUGAUCUCUUAUCUGGAAUUCUAGAUUCAGAGGUGAGAGAAGUGGAUAAUUUCAUGACUACUCUACAAAAGGAUGUUGCUCAUACCCAUGAAAUAUUGUCUUCAUGUGAAAAUUUGGGAGGAGCUUUCAUGGAAAUGGAAGAAAAAUUACAUGAUUCUAAUGUAUUAUUGAAGCAGUCACAGGAUCAUGUUUCAGAAAUAAGGAUGCAGUCUGCAAAGUUCCAGAGGACUUUGCUAUGUUUUGGUGGAGAAGGAAAGUGGAAUAAUGACAAAGGCAUGGAUCUUUUAGAAAACAGUGAAUUUUCAAACAUGAAUACAAAGAUAAAAAUGCAGACUGCUGAGCAACAAAGAGAUAUUCUAAGGAUGCUAGAGAAAUCUUUGGCGAGAGAGUUGGAUCUUGAAAAGAAGUUGGCUGAAUCAAGACAACCUGAGGAAGAGCUGAAACUUAGGCUACAUUCUUUAGAACAAGAAGUUUUCUUCAUGGAAGAAGAAGAAGCAAUUGUUUGGGAAAGGUUGUUUGAGGCAGAGAAUGCUGCUGAGGUCCUAAAGGGAAUUUCAAAAGAACUAAGGGGUCGGCUUCAGAUAUUUCAGUUCAACUUAAAUGGUUCAAUGAAGCGAGAAGGAGAAUUGAAAUCUAAGCUUCAAGGUUCUACAAAGGAGGUGGAAGACAAAGAAGAUGCUUUGCUGAAGCUUGAAAGCAGCAGUGCUGAACUUCAUGACUUCCUUAUACAACAGACGAACAACUUGAAAGCCAGCCUGAGGGAAGCUGAAGAUAAAUUAAUUCUUUCUAAUUCUGAGGCCUUCACUUUGAGGGAGAAGGUUAGUUCACUUGAGAACCAGCUGAAAGAAUCUGAGUUUCAGCUGAUGAAUGCAAAAGCCUCUGUUGAUGGGAACCAGGAGCAGCAUCCUUUAUAUUCUCAACUCAGUGAAAUGGAAAAUGUUGUCAUCAACCUAAAAGAAAGACUUUCUAAAGCAGAAAGUAGGGCUGAGAGUGCAGAAGCGAAGUGUAAAUUGUUAAUGGAGACCAAUAUGGAACUUAGCGAUGAGCUGGUUCUCCUUAGAAGUGAUAACACCACUGAGAAGGUGAAUUCACUUGAGAAGCAGUUGAAGGAAUCUGAUAUUCAGCUACAGCAUGCAUUAGCAUCUGCUGAAGCAAGUCUGGAGAAGCAAAGCAUGUUGUAUUCUACAAUAGAGGAUAUGGAAAAUUUAAUUGAGGAUCUGAAACUGAAAGUUUCAAAAACUGAAAGCCGGGCUGACAGCACAGAAGAGAAGUGUAUAAUAUUAUCUGAAUCUAAUGCAGAGCUAAGUGAGGAGCUUAGUUUUCUGAGGACUAGAAUGGAAUGCUUGGAGACAUCUUUGCAUCAAGCUGAGGAAACAAAAGUUGAGACUGCAAGGGACAUUAGCGUUCGGACCAAAGUAAUAACAAAUUUGAUCAUGCAACUUGCUUUUGAGAGAGAGCGCCUUCAUAAGCAGGUAUCUUUGUUAACAGACGAGAAUAAGGUUUUGGUGGGGAAGCUAAAGAAAACGGAGGACCCCUCUAUUGCUAGUAAAGUGACUCGCGGAGAAUUUUGUCCCAAGGAUGAUUUGACUACUGCCACUUGUGCAAAAGAAUGCAUCGUAGAACAAACUGAGUUCUCAGCUUCGAGUUUUGAGAUGGAGGAGGCACCAAAAAAUUUAUCUGUUGGGGGAAUUAUUGCUGGGCCUUCAGAUUCUGUAUCAGAGCCUGAGACAGUGAGGAGGUUAGAUCCAGAGCGGCUUAGCUUCAAGUAUAUCCUCAUGGCAGUUCUCAUCUUACUGACAGCAGCCUACUUGUUUCAACAACCAAACCGCCGAUUUUGAUGUUAUCUGUGGGAGAGUCUCUCUCGAUUACCUGCCCACAGGAAAAUUUUGUGUUUCACUUAACGAGGAGCCGAAAUGCAACAUCUGUAUAUACCUCUCUAAUCAUCACUUAACCUUGUAGGUUAUGUAGUUCUCACAUGUUUCUUUGUCCUAUAUGCUAACUUCGUUAAAAAUCAUAAUGAGGAUGAAAUGUUGUAGAACUGAGAAAUAGUUUCUCUUAAAUUUGGCAGGAGCAACAUAUUUUUAGCAAGAAGUAGAUUGCCUCUUUUACUUUA